CGCAAAGUGACGUUUUGUAAGCGGCUACGUCAAAAAGCCCGCGGUUUCAAGAUAAUUUGGUUAUGUAGGAAAACAGGAAAACUAAAAUUAAAAUAAUAAAUGUUUUAAAGUUUCUUUCUGUUGGAGUAAAUGCAAAUAAGAGAUUUAUAUAAAAAAUAGAGGUAUUGCCCUACCAUGGAAAGUACUUCUGAAGAAAUGCUUCUUUCACGAAAGAGACAGCAUUCCAAAUCAAGAUCUAGGUCGAAAUCACCCUCUGAGACAACCGAAAAACAGGAUGUAAAAAGAAUAAAGGUUGAUAUAGAGGAAACAAUUACUUUAAAUGAAAAUCAUGAUAGUGACAGUACUGGUGUUUCUGAGCAGAACGCGCAAGAUAAUGCGUUUACCAAUGGAGAUGAAGGUGAAUGUAAUAGCCUUCAUCAAGAGUGUGGUGUUAAAACAUUAAAUGAUAUUGCAGUUAAUAAAGAUAAAGAAUUAGAAAAGAAGGUGCUGAAAGAGGAAAGGCAGAAUGAAAAAGAAAAUGGAGAUAAUAGUUCUGAAGAAACAAGUUCUGAAAAGUUAUCUAAAAAUGGCUCUAUAUUUACUGAAAACACUGUGGAAUUAAAUAAUCCAGAAUUCAUGGACACUACAUUAGAGUCUUCAGUAAUUUCAUCUGACAAUGAUGAACCAACUGAUAGUAAGGAUAACACAAAUGAUUCUACAACCACAUCUAAGAAUACAGACACUCCCAAGAAAGUGAAAAAAGAAACAAAAAUAGAUACUGAUAACAAAGAUGAUAAAGAAAAAGAUUCUGAAGGCUUGUCAUCAGAGAGUGACGAACCAACAGACACUGAAAAGUCAAAAGAGUCAAUUGUACCUACUAAGAUAUUAAAAGCAGAAACUCCUAACAAAAAACUUACUCCUAAACAGUUACAGAAAAGGUUAGAGUUGGAAAAGAAACAACAAGAAAAAGAUAAAGAGAGGGAGGAAAAACUGAAAAAGAGACUUGAAGAAAAGCAAAAGCGAAAAGAGAUUAAAGAGAAAGAACUGGAACAGAAGCAAAAAGAAAAGGAAAUGAAAAAGAUGGAAAAAGACAAAGAAUUGGAACAAAGACGAAAAGAGAAAGAAGAGAAGGAAGAAAAGAAACGAAAAGAAAAAGAAGAAAGGGAACAAAAACGGAAAGAAAAGGAAGAGAAGGAAGAACAAAAGCGCAAAGAACGUGAAGAGGAAAAAUUAAAGAAACUGCAGGAGAUUGAAGAAAAAAAUAAAGAGAAGUUGAAGGAAGAAGAAAAGAAACAAAAGGCAGCUGCAGCGUUUGUUAACUUUUUUGUAGCCAAAAAGACUGAUGAUGCACAAGAUGACAAAAAAGGACAAGAAGAAAAAAGACCACAAACUUCCAAUUUUCUACAAUUUGAAGUUAAAUCAGACAUGAAAUUACCUUCGCCCAGAAGGGAAUUUUUAACUAAUGAAGAAAAAGAAAAACUGGUAUCUUAUCUAGAAUCUCAAGAUUCAGAAGCUUCAUAUUUAAAAGAUUUGUCAUCAGGAAAGGCUAUAGGUAAAAGUCUGAAAACUUGGCCAUAUGAAGAAUCUCUUGAUGAUGAUAUUGUUCUUGUUGAUUUGGGAGAAACUAUUUGUGAAGACAAAUCUGGCCUUCAAAGACACAAAGCGAAGUUUUUGUACUUCCAUGACAAUCGUAGACCUGCAUAUUAUGGCACAUGGAGGAAAAAAAGCAAAUUUGUUAAACCAAGAAAACCUCUGGGUGAAGAUAAAAACAUUUUAAACUACGAGGAGGAUUCAGAUGAUGAUUGGGAGGAAGAGGAACAAGGUGAGUCUCUUAAUGGUUCUGAAGAUGAAGCUGAGAAGGAAAAUGAGGAUGACAAGGAUGAUUAUGAAGUUGAUAAUGAAUUCUUUGUUCCACAUGGGCACUUGAGUGAUGAUGAGGUGGAUGAUGAAGAACUGAGUCGUUUAUCCCCAGAUUCUUUGAAACAAAAACUUAAGCUUCUUAAAGAAGAGUUUGAUCAAGACAUGAAGUCCAAGACUCACAAAUUAAAGCCUAGAUCCAUUGGUUGCAUAUGGUAUAACAAAGAUGGCAGUAAUGUGGAAGAGGCUGUUGAUAGGUACCUACAACCUCUAGCUAUUAUACACAGAGGUCAAAUAAUGAUUAAAAAAAGAGUAGACAUUUUCGUAGUAAAAGAGAAAAAGAACAAAGUAUCUCGAGAACUAAAUCCUGAUCUCAUUCCAGUAUUUUUAAAAUUGGUCCAUUACAGUCCGUGUAAGAAAAGUGUUCUCGUUGAACAGUUUUUAGCUGAUUUGGAAAAGACUGGUGCUAAUAAAAAUGUUUCUAAAGGUAUGAUCAUUAGAGAGUUGAAAAGGAGUGCAUACUGGGAAAAAUAUAGGGAUAAAGAGGCUAAAAGGUUCAAAUUUCGGUGGUCUGUCCAUCAAGAUCUGCGAGAAAAGUAUGACUUAGAUGCUGAAACUGAUAGUAAAUAAGAAAUACUAAUAUUAAUUAAUUAAGUAUAUUUAAAUUUGUAAAUAAAUUAUUUUAGAAAGAAAUUCUGUUAUUUGUUAAAGACAGUACUUUAUUUCUAUUUUAUAUAUUCCUGAGCUUUUUAAGAUAUAAUCGUAUAAACUCUUUCUUAUACAAAUAUAGUGUUAUUU